AGGACAAAAGGGAUCUCAAGGUGACUUGAUUCACUGAAGUUUGUGCAGUUCUCAUCCACAUGACAGAGUGCAAUCUAAGAACUAAUGCUUGAAUAUGCGUUGCAAUGUGCAUGUGGCAAUCAAUAGCAUGUUUUUGACCUCCCCCGGAAACAAUCUCUCGAAAAAUUCAACGCUGUUGAUUGAUCUGCCCCUUAAUUACGUGCAAAAUGUGCAUUACCAUGCUUCAAUCGCACUCAGGCAGAUAUACAUAGUUUUAUCUGUCCGAGGAAUUUCUGCUUUUAAAAUGUGCAUGUGGUGCUGUUAAGACACCCAUGAAGAAACUAUACAUCAUAACCAUCUUGACCUGGAAAAGAAGGGCAGAGGAUAGAUUAAUGAAUCCUAGAAACAAUAUCACAAAAGAAUAAUAUGCAGAUUGGAUCAUCUGGCCUGGCCAGUACCCUCUUGAGAAGACACUGCCAUGCAAGGGACACCAUAAUACAUUUGUAUAUGAUACCCAUUCUCGAAACUAGUGGGUUAAUGUCGGGAUUGGGUCCUCCACUGCCAAAAAAUCAUAUAAAAGCCCAAGAUCAUGGAAGCAGCUGUAGCAUUAGUUAUCCCCACAAGUCGCAACGAUCGAUGGCGAGCUCUCGAUCGGCAAUGUUGGUGGUGGUGGUGCUGCUAAUGAGCUCCAUCUGCUACAAAGGCGAGUCCUUGAUCGAUGGGUUGUUGCCCAAUGGCAACUUCGAGUACGGGCCGAAGCCAUGGCAGACGAAAGGCACGGUGGUGACGGAUGGAACGGCCAUACCCAACUGGGAGAUCUCGGGCUACGUGGAGUACAUAAAGUCGGGCCAAAAGCAGGGGGACAUGCUGUUGGUCGUGCCCGAGGGCGACUUCGCGGUUCGGCUCGGGAAUGAGGCAGCGAUCAAGCAAAAGGUGAACCUGAUCAAGGGCUCGUAUUACGCAGUCACGUUCGCCAUGUCUCGCACGUGCGCGCAGGACGAGAAGCUGAACGUGUCGGUGUCGCCGAACUCGAAGGCCGACGACUGGGGGAUACUGCCGGUGCAGACCAUGUACAGCAGCAACGGGUGGGACUCGUACGCAUGGAGCUUUCAGGCCGACGGCGCCGUGGUGGACAUCUCGUUCCAUAACCCCGGGAUCGGAGAGGAUCCAGCUUGUGGCCCCUUGAUCGACUUGGUGGCUUUGAAGACCUUGAAUCUCCCUAAGCGCACCCCAUAUAACUUGGUAAAGAACGGGAACUUCGAAGAAGGCCCCUUCAUCUUCCCGAACUCGUCCUGUGGAGUCCUGAUCCCGCCCCACGUCGAGGACGACCACAGCCCCAUCCCCGGCUGGAUCGUCGAGUCCCUCAAGGCCGUGAAGUACGUCGACUCCGACCACUUCGCCGUGCCGGAGGGCAGGCGGGCGGUGGAGCUCGUCGCCGGGAGGGAGAGCGCCGUGUCCCAAGCCGUCCUCACCGUCCCGGGCAGGGCCUACGUCCUCACGUUCGCCGUGGGCGACGGCAGGGACUCGUGCGAGGGGCCGAUGCAGGUGGAGGCGUACGCGGGGAGGGACAGCGUCCGGGUCCCUUACCAGUCGGCGGGGAAGGGCGGCUCCGUGCGGGCCGAGCUGCGGUUCGUGGCGGCGGCGGCGCGGACGCGGGUGAUGUUCCUCAGCUCCUACUACGCCACGACGAGCGAUCACUCGGGGUCGCUGUGCGGGCCGGUCGUCGACGAUGUGAAGUUGCUCAGCGUGCGUCGCUCGAAGAAGUAGCGGGCACGCAUGGGUUCUCUCGGCUUAAAAUUUGGGCGACUGGAUCCAA